AUGGAUCGGCAUUUAUCUCAAUUUUUGGUGACUCUCAUUAUUUCAGUUUAUCUGUAUAAACGACAAGAGCUUGACUCUCACUCAAAAUUGCCACACAAGUCGGAGAGUGAACCUUAUACAUUCAUAAUUGUAGGUGCAGGGUCAGCAGGUUGUACUCUUGCAAACAGACUAACAGAAAAUCCACACUGGAAUGUUCUAUUGAUAGAAGCAGGUGGUAAUGAGGAUAUCAUAUCUGACAUUCCUCUCUUGUCUGACUUAAACUGGAAUUCUGUUAAAGAUUGGAACUACACAACAGUAAAACAACAAGAUGCAUGUUUAAGCAGUAAUGGAUUAUGCAUCUUUCCUAGAGGUCAUGUGAUGGGAGGCUCAAGUACUAUAAAUGCCAUGUUGUAUGUUAGGGGAAACAAAGUUGAUUAUGAUGUAUGGUCCAAAUUGGGAAACAAUGGUUGGAGCUAUGAAGAUGUGCUGCCUUAUUUUAUGAAAGCUGAAAAUAAUACUGAGCCAACUUUGAAGGGUUCAUUGUUCCAUGGAACCAAAGGACCUUUAAAUGUUCAGUAUUCGAAAUAUUUUACACCUCUGAGAGAAGAAUUCAUUAAAGCUGGCACAGAAAUAGGUUGGGAUAAAGUAGAUUACAAUGGUCUAGAACAAAAUGGAAUUGGCUAUGCACAACUCACAAUCAAUGAUCAUACUCGGGAGAGUACCUCGAAAGCAUACUUAAAUCCAAUUGAAAAUAGAAAAAAUCUUCAUAUAAUUAAACACUCCAUUGUAACCAAGGUCAUUUUUGAAAACAAACGAGCAAAAGGAAUAGAAUACUUUCAUAAUGGUACAAUGUUCCAGGUAACUUCUGAAAAAGAAGUUAUUUUAUCGGCUGGUACCAUAGAUUCACCAAAAAUUUUAAUGCUGUCUGGUAUUGGGCCUAGAAAGGAGCUAGAAAAACACAAUAUACAUGUAAUUUCUGAUUUACCAGUUGGUGAAAAUUUGCAAGAUCAUCCUAUGGUAGAUGUGUAUUUCAAAUUAAAUAAUGUCCAAACUUUCAUAGAAGCUUUAUGGAAAACUAAUGACAGCAUACUUCAAUAUGCUGAAAAGCACUCCGGCCCUCUCGCAGGGGUUGGUGCAGAAGCCACAGCUUUCUUUAAUACUUAUGAUCAGUCCAAACCACCUAAUUUUCAGGUUAUGUUCCUCAGUUUUGUUCUUGGAUCCAAUAACAAAAGCAUCAUAAGGCUUCUUACUGGAAAUAUUGAACCAAAGAGUGUUGGUACCGUGAAAUUGAAAAGCAAUAUUUUUCAAGACUCACCAUUAAUCGAUCCCAAAUUUUUAAUCAAUCCUAUAGAUAAAGAGGUUUUACAAAAAGGUUUAAAAAAAGUUUUUGACUACAUGAGAACUCCAACUAUGAAGAAGUAUUCUCCUAAAUUGUACACAAAAUUCCAACCACUUUGUAAAGAUAAAAUAGAUGAUAGUUAUAUAUCUUGUGCUAUUUCUAAUUAUUCAGGAUCUUUUUCCCAUUCUGUUGGAACAGUAAAAAUGGGAGCUGAAGAUGAUAAGACAGCAGUGCUAACUCCUCAGCUUAAAGUCAAAGGAAUAGAAAACUUAAGGGUUAUUGAUGCAUCAGUAAUGCCAUCAGUUCCAAGAGGGAAUACGAAUGCUCCUACAAUAAUGAUUGCAGAAAAGGGUGCUGACAUUAUUAAACAAUCCUACAGCUGA